AUGGGUGCUCUGAUUGCUGGUGCGCAGCACAGAAAGCAGUUUGAGGAACGACUGAAGGCGAUCUUGAAGAAGGUGAAAGAAUCAAAGAACCCAAUUAUUCUGUUUAUUGAUAAGAUCCACACUGUCUUGGGUGCUGGUGCAACCGGAGAGGGUGCAAUGGAUGCGGCAAACAUCCUGAAGCCAAUAUUGUCGAGAGGGGAGUUGUGGUGCAUUGAAGUGACAACACAUAAAGAAUACAGAAAUUCUUGCCAUACAAGCAAUCGAUUUGGUCAUGAGUCGUGUGCAACACUAUUCGCACAAAAGAACUCGCAGCCAGAGGAGAUUGACAACUUGGAAAAAAAAGACACACAACUGACAAUCGAUAAGAUCGCUCUUGAAAGAGCUGAAGCAGACAACAAAAUCUUUGAGAUUGUCGCAGACUUGAAGUGUUAUGCAAUUCCAGAAGCAAAGAUACGACUCACUGAAUUGAAGAACCAGACAAAAGAGAAAUCGAUGCUGUCGUUGCAAGUGACCCCACAGCUGAUUGAAGACGUUGUGAGUUAA